UCUUCCUCCCACCCGCCCACUUAACUCCUAAGCAAACGCUCCUCCUCCUCGCCUAUAAAUUGCGUCCCUCAUCCAAGCCCCAAUUCCCUUUUCCCUCUUUCUCUUCUCCCCUCUCUGGAAGGACUCGGAUCCCUUCUUUUCUUGCACCAGCAACGCCACGCUGCUGCUGCUGUUCCUUCCUAUUGACCACAACUACCCUACCCAGCUCUUCUCUCACCUUUCAAGUUUGAACCCUCUUUGCUUGGCAUCUACACCGUCUUUAGUUCCCUGUGCCUUGAAGAUUCUGUCUGAAAGUAUCUCGUCAUAGAAGAUCUACCAUCUAGCUUAGUACUCUGCUGAAACCCUUGGCCUAUGCUAUGUGUUCAGGGUGACGCUCUGCUGAAAUUUCCUGUCAGAAACCUACCUCCUUACUCAGGGCGUCACUCUGCCCAAAUUUCCAGUGAGAAACCUCCUUGUUCAGCUGCCCAAAUUUCCUCUCGGAAAUCAAAUAUUUUCACUAAGAAUUCUCGCUUGGUCAGGGAGAAACUCUGUCCGAUUUCACAGUAAGAAACCUUGGUUUUUGAGGGGAGACUCUGCCGAAUUUUUUCUAUUGACCAGCUCUGCUUGUAGUUGUAUGCGGCUGCUUUUAUGAUAAUAUCCACCGUCCUCGUCCAGUCCUUCUCCGUCGUCUUCCUCUACUGGUUCUACGUCUUCUCAUAAUCAACCAACCAACCCCGGUUAAACCAGGCUUGUUACACUACUAUAUUGUUUUUAAUAUUUGUUGGUAUAAGAAACCAAGUAGUAAAGUAAUCAAGUGGUGCAAGGAAAUGGCCUCUCCCGGUCCCGGCGCGGCGUCUACCGUCAUGUCGUCAUCGGCCGGCUCGGAGGCGACACGGGCGCCGUCGGCGGGGCUGAUGGAGGAGAGGAAGCGCAAGCGCAAGGAGUCGAACCGGCUAUCCGCGCAGCGGUCGCGCGCGCGCAAGCUGCUGCAGGUGGACGAGCUGGAGGCGGAGGCGGCGGCGCUGGGCGCCAAGAACUCCGCCGUGGCAGCAAAGGCGCGGGAGGCUGCGCGCCGGUGCGCGGUCGUCCAGGCCGAGAACGAGCUCCUGCAUGCUCGGGCGCUGGAGCUGGGCGCGCGCUUGGAGUCGCUCGCCGAGUUCAUCCAGUACAUGGACGCAGCCGCCGACUCGGGUGCCUCCUCCAGCCCGUUUGCCGGCGUCAGCGGCACCGCCUUGCUCCAGCAGCCGCUCCUCCAAACGGACUUGUAUUGCAAUUGCAACUACACCUACUACUAGCAGAUCGCAUCUACUAGCUCUAUGUUGUCUACUACUACUUACUUGGGAGUACUAGGCAUCUAGUAUGUGCUUAUGCUUUCCUCCCAAGUAAGUAAGCAGUAGUGUUAUUGGGUGGGCAGGAGCAUGGAAAUUAAAAGAGUGUUUGUUGUAAGUGUGUCGACUGACUUUAUAUAGCAACUCCAACCUCCAACCGCGUGACCCAAAUACUACAUGCUUUAUUUGUUGGAGCGUGCUACGCAUGUUUAAAAAAUAUCCACCAGCUCGCGAGCCGUUACAUCUGUCACAUCAAGCGACAGAACAACUUCUUCACUUUUGCAACUUAGGUUCAGUUGCAGUUUUUCUGUAACUACGGUUUUGUUGCAGAUUUAUUUUCAACAAAGAUCUUAUUGUAAUUUUUUUUGCAAUUGAAGUUCUGUUGCAGUUUUUUUU